AUGUGGCAAAGAUCCAGAGCGUCACGGCUCUGGUGGACAGAGAACUGGAAGCCUGUUGAUUCUGCCACUCGCGAAAGCCGGUUGAAGAGAUUUGAUGACCGAUACGAUCUUCAUACGCUUGCAAUUCGAGCUCCUCCAACACCGACCUCGGCCAGCAACGCAACCACUACGAGCAACCUACCUUCGGCACCGGCAAAAACUCACCAUUCCUUGGUCCCGCAUUGGAGCUAUGAAAAGAACUCAAUCGCUGUAGCGAUUGUUAUUUCCGUUGUGACGGCCAUAGCCUUCAUCACGCUGGCCAUUCUCUUUGUUCAGAAAGUCCGCAGGAGCUGGAGGCGUCAUAAACGCGAGAUUAAGGACUACUCUGGCUCCAGGUACCGUGUCUACUACAUGAACGACAGCGCUGAGAAUGGAGGGCUCGAGGACAAGUUCAGUCGUGAAUCGGUCAUGUUCGGCAAGGAUGAUUCCGCCCCUCAAGAGUAUUUUGUUGAGCAGGAGGGUGAUGUAGUCACUCGAGUAUACCGCGCAGGAAAGAGUGAUUCGACACGCACAUUCGAUUCAGUUGGCAAACCCCGGGAACAGCAGCAAGAGCAACAACAGCAGCAAUCAGCCCCAGAGCAGCCAACACCACAGGAAAUUCCGGUGGAGACGGUCAAUGCCAUCGACCCGGUCGACCCGGUCAACCCGGACGAACCUGUAUCUGAGGCGCAGCCUGACACCGUGUUAACCGUUCGUGAGAAUUCUAAAUCCAUCUCUCAGCCUGUAGUUGUCGUGCCUCCUCCCUUGGUGCACGUCUCCUCGUCGGAGGCAGCCCCAGUCACACAGCCGCCAGAUCCGCUCCCUGAAAAACCAUCGUUCAUUCCAAAAACUCGAAAUGAGGCAAGAAGAAGUCUCGUCAAGCUGGCAGCCGACGCAGGCUUGUUGUUCCGAUUACCUUCGAUCAAGAAAACCACGUCACCUUUUUAUCGACCUUAA